AUGGCAGAGUGGCUAAACGAAAACUUUGGAUCUUCCGAAGACGAUUCAGACGGAGAAUUUGUGCCGAAUAAUCUUGACGGUGAAGAAGACGACGACAAUAGCGACACUUCGUCUUCGUCUUCGUCCGAUGACCCCUCAGAUUCUUCGUAUACUACAGCACCGCAUGGUAAACGUAAACGUGGCAAUGGAAAAAAGGCUACGCCCACAACUAAUGGACGAGGAGGAAGAAAAGGUAAAAUGCCAGCAAAAGUGCGAAAAACAGUGUCGUCGCAUAAUGUGGGACAUUCGUCACAAAUGGUAAUAGGAAAUGGCGAAACAUCUUGUGAGGCAACACCUAAACGUAAUGGGAAUUCUGUAGCAGGAAUUUUUGAACCAGACAGCUUAUCUCUAAAGAAAUUAUUUGUACCAUUCCCGAUUUUCUCGGACACAUUCAAGGAAUUUCAUGAAGCACAAGAAUCAGAAUACAAACGACUUCUCGGAUACGAACGCGAAUUCAGAGACGAAAAAGACCAAUUACAACGCGAAAUCAACGACUUGAAAAGUCGAGCAGAUCAAAAAAAGAACCUACUAAAGACAAUAUCAAACGACAACGAAUUACUGAAGCAGAAAAUCGACACGUUACACGAAACAUUGAAACCUGUUUUCAAUCAGUUGAUUGGGAUUGACAAGUUGGAUGGUUAUACUGUCGGCCCGUUUUUGUUGGAGUUUGGGCGGCAGAUUCGAGAGGGUACUGAUUGA